AUGAGCCGGUCAAGGCAUGUGGGCAAGAUCCGGAAACGCCUGGAAGAUGUCAUGAACCAAUGGAUCCGGCCAGCCAGGGCUGACUUCAGCGACAACGAGAGUGCCCGCCUGGCCACGGAUGCCCUCUUGGAUGGGGGUCCUGAGGCCUACUGGCUGGCACUCAGCCAGGAAGGCGAGGUGGAUUUCCUGUCCUCAGAGGAGGCCCACUACGUCCAGGCCAAGGCCAAGGAGCCCCCCUGCACCCCAGAGCCCACCGGAGGGGCCGAGGCAGGCCUCAGAGGACACGACUCAGCCUCCCUGCAGUCAGGUACCUACUUCCCAGUGGCCUCAGAGAGCAGUGAGCCCGCCCUACUGCACACCUGGGCCUCGGCCGAGAAGCCCUACCUGAAGGAGAAGUCCACCGCCACCGUGUACUUGCAGACGGACAAGCACAGCAACAUCAGAGACCUGGUGCGCCGCUGCAUCGCCCGGACCAGUCAGGUCCUGGCCAUACUGAUGGAUGUGUUCACGGAUGUGGAGAUCUUCUGUGACAUUCUAGAGGCGGCCAACAAGCGUGGGGUGUUCGUCUGUGUGCUCCUGGACCAGGGAGGUGUGAAGCUCUUCCAGGAGAUGUGUGACAAAGUGCAAAUCUCUGACAGUCACCUCAAGAACAUUUCCAUCCGGAGUGUGGAAGGAGAGGUGUACUGUGCCAAAUCAGGCAGGAAAUUCGCCGGCCAAAUCCGGGAGAAAUUCAUCAUCUCGGACUGGAGAUACGUCCUGUCUGGAUCGUACAGCUUCACCUGGCUCUCCGGACACGUCCACCGCAACAUCCUGUCCAAGUUCACGGGCCAGGCGGUGGAGCUGUUUGACGAGGAAUUCCGCCACCUCUACGCCUCCUCCAGGCCGGUGAUGGGCCUGAAGUCCCCCAGGCUGGCCACGCCCCUGCAGCCCACAGUGGGCCCCAGCCCCCCACAUGGCCCCCUGAGUGACAGCAGCUGCUCGGCCAGUGACCGCACGUCCUCCAACCCCUUCAGCAGCCCGUCGACAGGCAGCAACCCUCAGAACCAGAGUCAGCCUAUGUCCUCGGGGCCUGGCAGCCCCCUGGCCCCAAACCCACCAGCGGCCCCCAGGUUCCAGCCCUACCACGGCCCAUGGGGAGCCCUUUUAGCACAGGCCCCGGUGUCCGCGAGGCCCCACGACGGCCCGCCCGCGCUCUACAGCAACCUCAACGCCUACAGGCCCACGCGGCUGCAGCUGGAGCAGCUGGGCCUGGUGCCCAGGCUGACCCACACCUGGAGGCCCUUUCUGCAGGCCUCGCCUCAUUUCUGA